AUGGCUCAUCUCUGGCAUGAUAUCGUGGAUCGACACAGUCCUUUCAUGAUAGAACUUGUCGGUUCUUUUGCUGUCCAGGUCGUCUUUUGGUGGAUUCCAUCCGCCAUCUUCCUCUCUCUCGACUACCUAGCUCCAACUUUUGCAGCCAAACACAAGAUCCAACCUGCUCCCAAACAACCGACGACGGCAGAAGUCUGCGAUGCCAUCGUCAUAUCUCUUCGAAACCAGAUCAUCGUCACUACCAUCCAACUAGGCCUAGCCGCCGCCGCAGCCUCGCAAAACAAACCCUCCCCGUUUAAAAUUACGACAUCACUCCCCACUACAGAGUCAUUCCUCAAAGACCUGGUACUAUGCAUCGUGGCCCGUGAGGUCCUAUUCUAUUAUUCACACCGACUCCUGCACGUCCCGUACCUUUAUCGUCGUAUCCACAAGGUGCACCACAAGUUUACGGCCCCGGUCUCGUUUGCGUCACAGUAUGCGCAUCCCAUCGAGCACAUUGUGGCGAAUACUCUUCCUAUUGCGUUGCCGCCCGUCGUACUAGGAACGCAUAUCAUUACGAUGUGGGUGUUUCUUGCUUGGCAGUUGUUGGAGACGGCGACUGUGCAUAGUGGGUUCGACUUUUUUGGAGGAGCUGCUCGUCGACAUGAUCGUCAUCAUGAGCGGUUUGAUGUUCAUUUUGGAGGGUUGCCUUGGCUGGAUUGGGCUCAUGGUACUGAUGAGAGCAAGAGAAAGAAGGUUUCAUGA